UCAAUUACAAAUUAGAAGAAACAACAAUUAUAAAGUAUGCAGAUUUCAAGUAGUAUAUUCCCAGUUUUUCUUUUGGCAUUCAUUUUUAUUUCGGGAGCUUCUUCUGCUCAUAACAAAAAUGAUUUUUUUGAAUGCCUUACCCUUCAGUAUCGAAAAUCCAACUCAGAAACUGAUUCCAUUUACACCCCAAAAAAUGCAUCAUAUUCAUCUGUUCUCCAAUCUACAAUACGUAAUCUAAGGCCGGCAUCAAACUCCGGCCAGAGACCUUUCGUGAUCAUUACGCCGGAGCAUGAAUCCGAAAUUCAGGCAGCUAUUUAUUGCUCAAAGAAACUUGGGAUGCAGCUAAAAGUGCGAAGCGGUGGACAUGAUUAUGAAGGACUUUCAUACAUUUCUGAAACUCCUUUUGUCAUUGUGGAUAUGAGAAACCUAAGAUCAAUAUCCGUGGACACAGAAAAAAACACUGCAUGGGUUCAAACAGGUGCAACACUUGGUGAACUUUAUUACACAAUUGCUGAAAAUAGCAGGACUCUUGCUUUCACUGCAGGCGUUUGCCCGACGGUGGGUGUUGGAGGGCACUUCAGUGGCGGAGGAUAUGGCAUGAUGUCUCGUAAGCAUGGCAUUGCUGCAGAUCACAUCAUUGAUGCCAAACUAAUUGAUGCUAAUGGCCGAAUUCAUGACCGAAAAUCCAUGGGAGAAGAUCUCUUUUGGGCCAUUAGAGGAGGUGGUGGAACCAGUUUCGGGAUUGUGGUUGCAUUUAAAGUUCAGUUAAUUGUUAUACCAGAAACUGUGACUGUUUUCAAUGUUACAAGAACGUUAGAACAAAAUGCAACCCAGAUAGUACACAGAUGGCAAUAUGUUGCUGACAAUAUUGAUGAAAAUCUUCUAUUAAGACUCUUUCUAAGAAGCAUCAACUCUUCAGGAAAGAGGACAAUAGGAGCAUUUUUCACUUCUCUGUACCUGGGUCGGGUUGAUGAUCUCCUCCCAAUAAUGCAAGAGAAAUUUCCAGAAUUAGGUUUGGUGAAAGAAGAUUGUAUAGAAAUGCCAUGGAUAGAGUCCACAGUGUAUUUUGCAGGUUUUCAGGGUCAAUCACUAGAUAUUUUGCUGAAUAGAACUGGAGUUUCCACGACGUUUUUCAAAGGAAAAUCCGACUAUGUGAAGCAACCAAUUCCGGAAAACGGUCUCAAAAGCAUAUGGAAAUUCCUUAACAAAGAAGAUGCAAAUAGGGCUGAACUGCAAUUCAGUCCAUAUGGAGGGAGAAUAAACGACUUCUCAGAAUCGGAAAUUCCUUUUCCACAUCGAGCAGGCAAUAUAUUCAUGAUCCAUUAUGUUGUAGGCUGGAGUGAAGAAGAGAAUGCAGACUCAGAAAGGCAGAUAAGCUGGAUCCGGGGACUUUACAGUUUUAUGGCUCGUUAUGUUUCAAAAUCUCCAAGAGCUGCAUAUUUCAAUUACAGGGAUUUGGAUAUUGGAAUGAACAAUAAUGAGGUUAAUCCGAGCUACAAACAAGCAAGUGUUUGGGGAUUUAAGUAUUUCAAGAAUAAUUUCAGAAGAUUGGUUCAUGUCAAGAGUCAGGUGGAUCCAACUAAUUUCUACAGGAAUGAACAAAGUAUUCCACCAGUAUCGCCAUGGUAGAAGAACUAUAAAUAUUGUUAGUCAUUAUUUAUUUACCGAAUAAAAAGAAUGUAUCGUGAAUAAUUUAUUUCGUAAAAAAAAUACAUGAUUUACGAAUAAAGUGCCAUCUGAUUUUCUUGACAUCA